AUGGAGGACUAUGCCAAAUACAUUGAGUUGGCUGAUUCGUUAGGAUACACUGGGGCAGAAAAGGCUAAAUGGGUUGAAAAGAAGAUAGCUGAUGCAAUUGAAAGGGAAGACAGAGCUUUAGAGAGAGCAUUUAAACCCCAGGAAGAAAGUGUGGAAACUUACUUAAUACUCUUUGAACAAACAUGUAAGAGUUUUAAUUAUUCAUCUGCUGGGAAGGCACAGGCUUUAUUGACUAAUUUGACAGGAGAAACUAUUGCCAUAAUAGCAAGUAUGUCUGAGGCUGAAAAAGAAGACUAUGACCUAAUAAAAGAAAGAUUGAUGAAACAUUUUGGAAAGACAGAAGACUAUUACAGAAAGACUAUAAGAGAUGCUAGAAUUAACAACACUGGUGACAUAAACCAGAUCAUUUUUGAUAUUCGCAAAUGCAUGAAUAAAAGGCUAGAAUCGGCAGAAAUAGAUUUAAAGAAGCCUGAAGCAAUUAUUGAACUUAACCUGAUAGAUCAUGUUUUAAAUAAUGCCACAGAUAGUCUAUUUACUUUUUUGAGAGAAAGAAAAAUUAGAACACAAAAACAAUUAACAGAGCAAUUUAAUAUUUAUAAGGAUGCACAUCCAGGGGCUUUUUUAGACAAAAGAGAGCAGGGAGAGAUUUCAGCAGCAGUCUACAGUAGAAACUCUGGCAGUGAUCAAAGAAGGUAUGGCAACAACAAUAGAGAUAGAAGUAAUAGUGCACCUACCAGAUGGAAACCAGACAGCUAUACAUAUAGCAGAAGCAUAGAGUGUUACCACUGUGGGAAAACAGGCCAUGUAAAGUCUGAGUGUUUCAGCUUAAAAAGUAGAGAUACAUAUCUCAGCAAUAAUGACAGAGGAGGUUAUGCACCUAAUAAUAAUUACAGAAAUCAACGUAAUUAUUACAGACAAAGACAGUAUAGUGGACAAAGUAGAAAUGAAUUCCACAAUCAAAGUAGACGGCCAAGAAUGGGACCAGACAACAGGGGAGAAAACAGAAAUAGUAGAAAUAACAAUCAAGUGACAUCAGCAGGGGUAGAAGGGUCAGAGACGGUGGCAUCUGUUAGACAAAGCAAUUUAACACUGAAGAUGUUCCCAGCUAUAGUAAACAUUGUCAGAGUAAUGUGCCUGAGAGAUUCAGGUUGCACAUGCAUUAUUGUUAAGAAAAGUCUUGUAAGACCAGAACAGUACAUUCCUGGCAUAAUGAAGAUGACAUAUGCCAACAAGAAAUUUAAGGAUGAGUGUGAGAUAGCAGUAGUUGAUAUAGAUUCUGCUUGGCUGAAAGGUAAAUAUAAAGUGGCGGUCAUGGAAGAACCAAUAGCAGAUAUGAUUAUUGGGAAUGCAAAGGAGGUGAAAGAAAGUAAUGAGGAAGAUAUAGAUAGAUGGGAAAGUCAAAUUGGGGCAGCGGUUGAGACAAGAGCACAGAAACAAGCAAAUCAGGGAAGUGGGGACAAUGAGGAAAGCAAAACAGAAUUAAUAGAAGAUAUAAAUGAAUGGAUAAAACUUCAGGAAGAAGACAAUACUUUCAAAAAUAUACUGAAAAACAUCAAUACAAGUAACAUGAAUGUCAGGGGAUCUAAGUACACUAAAGAAAAUAAUGUUUUAGUCAGGAAAUAUAUUGACAACAAGAAUAAUGAAAAGACUCAGAUAGUGGUGCCACAAACUAUGGGAACAAAGAUAUUACAACAAGCACAUGACAGUCCGUUGGGGGCACACAUGGCAGAAAAAAAUACAUUUGAGAGAAUAGCUGAAGAUUACUACUGGCCUUUAAUGGAGGAAGACAUAAAGAAAUACAUACAAAAAUGCACCAAAUGCAUAAGACUCAAUCCUGUUGAUGGGAAACAUAAUGCACCUCUACAACAGACAGAUAGAGUUACAAGAGUUAGCAGUGGACAUAGUUGGACCAUGGAACACCCUACUUCCCAGGGCCACAAGUUCAUAUUAACUAUAGUGGAUUGGGCAACCAGAUGGCCAGAGGCAAUACCACUUAGAGAGAUUACAGCUGUAGCUAUCUGUGAUGCUGUGAUGAGUGUAUGUACAAGAUCCGAUUUUCCUGAUACGAUUUUAUCAGACAAUGGAACACAGUUUAAAGGCAAAUUGACAAAGGCAUUCACAAGCUUCUUGAACAUUGCACAAGUACAUAGUACCAUAUACCAUCCACAAGCAAAUGGGAUUAAUGAGAGAUGGAAUAAAACACUGAAGACUAUGUUAAAAAAGGUAACAGAGGAUCACCCAGGUGAAUGGCACAAGUAUUUCCCUCAAGUACUAUUCGCAUACAGAGGGACUAAACAUGAGUCAACAGGUUUUUCUCCUUUUGAACUGAUAUACGGGGUAAAGCCAAAAGGCCCAUUAACUUUAUUGAAACACAAAUUAUUAAAUAAACAUGAAGAGGAAUUUGAUCCUCAUGAACUAGUAAACCAGACUAGAGAGAGAAUAGUUUAUGGUGUCCAGACAGCCCAAGAGAAUGCACAGUUAGCCAGUGAAAGGCACAGAAAUAUAAAAAACAAACAUAGAUAUUUAAGAACUUUUGAAAGAGGAGAUUUAGUUUUUGUCAAACUGCCAGACAGAAAAAACACAGAAGCAUUUCAAGGACCUUUUGAAGUAAUCAAGAAACUAUCUGAUGUAAAUUAUGAAAUAAACAUAAAGGGAAAUAACACUCCUAUACACAUAGACAGAAUAAAGAAAUUAUAUGUAGAGCCAGAGAAACUGAUAGAAAAGGAACAUAUGGCCUGUACUAUAAUAAGUGAAAGCUGUAAUACACAUGAAAUUAAGACUAAUCAUAUCCCAGUGAAUGAGAAAAACAUAAUAGACAAAAUAGUAAAUGAGUACAAGGAUGUGAUUACAACAGAAAUGGGUUUUACUGAAACAAUUCAACACAAAAUAGAAUUGACUUAUUAUAGUGCUAUGAAAGGGAAGCAUUACCAAGUACCAGUUGCUUAUAGAGAAGCUGUUGAAGCAGAACUAGAUAUUCUACUUGAGUCUGGGCAAAUAGAAAGAACAGAAUCAGCAUACUCAUCACCCAUGGUGAUAGUAAGAAAAAAGAACAACAAAGUAAGGAUAUGUUGUGACUAUUGA